AUGUCUGACAUUGCCCACCCAGCAGGUGCGGGCCUGCCAGACGAGAAUCAAGGGCCGCGAAUCCUCGCCGCGACCACGAUAGCCACCGGAUGUGCCUUCAUUACGGUCCUGGCUCGCGUCUACGUUCGUCUGUUUAUCAUUCGCAACGUUGGACUCGAUGACUACACAAUGAUCCUAACUAUGGCACUGUCUCUCGCCGGAUGGGCUAUUAUAAUCCCCGAAGUCCAGUACGGCGCCGGCCGACAUACAGUCUACGUUUUGGACACGGCCACCACGGCCACGCAUUUGAAUUUCGCCACGCAGGCCAUCUACAUGUGGGCCAUCGGGCUGGUUAAGAUCUCCAUUGGGCUUUUCCUUCUGCGCUUUGCGCCGCGCAGAGGAUACAAGAUCUUUAUAUGGAUUGUGAUCGUUCUGAUGUUCCUAUACACGGCCAUUUGCUUUUUUACUCUCAUCUUUCAGUGCAAAGACAUUCGGACGAUUUGGGACCAGUCGGUCAAAUCUGAGUGUUUCAAGCCCCCUCAACUGCUGGCCCUGAGCUACACCAACACCGCACUCAACAUCCUUACCGAUCUCAUAUUUGCCAUCCUGCCGGUCUUUAUGCUGAGGCAUUUGCAAGUCAAUCGACGAGUUAAAGCGUCGCUCAUGUGCAUCCUUGGGGUUGGAAUCUUUGCCUGUGCCGCCGCGUGCGUCAAAGUCUCCGUCCUCCCAAAUUACGGCCGCACGGGCGACUUUCUUUGGGAUUAUUCGGAUCUCACGAUCUGGGCCGUGUACAGCGUGGAGUCCAACAUGGGUAUCAUGGCCGGUAGCCUACCGACCCUCAAGCCGCUCUUCAAGCAGGUCCUGAGCAGCUACGGCUCGCGAUCCAAAACUCGACCGUACACCUACGGAAGUAAACCGUAUCGACUGCAUUCGCUGUCUCAGCCCGGUCAGCAGCGCAGCCACACGUCGCGCAGCGGGAACCAGAGCGGCUGGGAAGCCGAGGCGGAUCAGAAACGACCGCAUCAGGGCUCUCGAGAGAUCAUGCCGACGACAACCACGACAACCACGACCACCACUUAUCCUCAUGGAGACAGCCGCAACCAUAGUGAGGAAUAUAUCUUGUCAUCUCGCGACCCCGACAGCAUCACGCUCACGACGGAGGUGAUGGUGUCGCGCUCGCCUGAUGCCUGGGCGGGCCACAAUCAGUCCGGGGUUCAUUCGUCAGGCGGAAGCUUUGGACACGAUAGUAUAGUUUAA